CUCCGCAAAUUUAAUAUUACCGGCAAUGGAUGAGUUCCACAUGAUUUCUUCUUUGUCACCAAAAAUUACUGGCUGGCGUAUUUGUGUUAAAGUUCUUAGACUUCAUGAAAUCUAUUUAUCAUCUGCGAAGUUUGUAUUUGCUCUAAUUUUGGUUGAUUCCAGUGGAACACGUAUUGAGGCUAUAAUUCCUUCAGACUAUGCAGCAUUAUACAAGAAAUGGAUUCAGGAGGGUGAAUGGAAAAUCUUCACAACCUUUGAAGUUUGUCUAAACCCCGAGCCUAUCAGAUCUACAACUCAUCCUCUUGGUAUUAAAAUUCUGCCUCAAACUGUGAUGACUAAUUCUUUACCAUUGAGUAAUAUUCCUUUCAAUCAAUAUACUCCUUUCGCCUACAUCAUUGAGGAUACGGUCAACACUGAUGUUUUGGUCGGUUAG